CCGCAAUAAAAAAAAAAAAAGACGAGGUCGAACAUCGCAGGACGCUCCUCGCCUCAGCAACGCGCGCUACCCCGGGCACACUCCACCGAUGCGAACCCAGCCAUCCGCACACUCGAGCAUUGACUCCCUUUCCCGUUCCUGCGUAUCUGCUGCGUUCCUGCAUCCGCUGCAUCUCCAUCGCGCCUCACCUGACUCGGCUUCCCAGCGACCUGGCGAUAGCACCCGCUACCCGCAUCAUCGACUCCACGAGUAAAGUGCGACUUGAGCGACUUUCUUCAUUAUCGUGACGCCCCUAAGCAACUUCUUCAACGAACGAACGAAACGAUUUCAAUUGAUACCCCCCAAAAUCCCGGGCGCACUGGACACGACUUACGAGCAAGUCCAUUUUCAACUGCCGCUCAGCGUGCAGGCCUCGAUUUGAUUCGCCAUGGCUUUUCUUUUCAAGUCCAAGAAGAAUCAGGAUCGAGCUCUUGCAAGCCGCGAUGGAAACUCUGGCGGAUCGCAGGGCUCGAUCCAAAGCCAGCGAGAGAGAAUCGCGAGGGAAGAGAAGAACGGCACCCAGCGCUCGACACCGACCGGCAGCUUGAACUCAAUCGAUCGCGAUGGGAGCGCCGGUGCUGGAAGCCCCGACCAAGGCUACACUCGCCAGCGAGGACCUAGUGUAGACCAAAUACCGAUACAAGCGCCUUCAAAUGAUUUGCCUCUUCGCAAUGCUCCCCCCGUAUCCUCGCAAAACCAGAUGCCUCCUCAACAACAAAUGAUGAACCCUAAUGCGUCGCUAUACCCCUGGUCGCAACGACGAUUGACGUAUACAUCAUCACACCCGAGCCCCUUCCCCCGUUAUGGAGCGGCCGUCAAUUCGGUCUCGUCCAAGGAGGGCGAUAUUUACGUGAUGGGAGGUUUGAUCAAUAGCUCCACCGUCAAGGGCGACUUGUGGAUGAUCGAGGCCGGACAGAACAUGGCCUGCUAUCCUCUGGCGACGACAGCCGAGGGACCUGGCCCGAGAGUCGGGCACGCAAGUUUGCUCGUUGGCAACGCCUUCAUCGUCUACGGUGGUGACACCAAAGUAGAUGAGAUGGACGUCCUGGACGAGACGCUUUAUCUCCUCAACACCUCAACGAGACAAUGGUCGAGAGCAUUGCCCGCUGGCACUCGGCCCUCCGGCCGUUACGGCCACUCCCUCAACAUCCUCGGAUCCAAGAUUUACAUUUUUGGUGGUCAGAUCGAGGGCUACUUCAUGAACGAUAUUGCUGCCUUUGACCUAAACCAGCUCCAAAUGCCCAACAACCGGUGGGAGAUGUUGAUCCAGAAUACUGACAGUGGCGGACCACCCGUCGGGAAAAUUCCAGCCGCCCGAACCAACCACUCUGUGGUAACUUACAACGACAAGAUGUAUCUCUUCGGUGGUACAAACGGUUAUCAAUGGUUCAACGACGUUUGGAGCUACGAUCCUGCGACGAACGAAUGGACGCAACAUGAAUGCAUUGGCUACAUCCCAGUUCCCCGUGAGGGUCACGCUGCAUCAAUCGUCGACGAUGUCAUGUACAUUUUCGGAGGACGCACGGAAGAGGGCGUCGACCUCGGAGAUCUCGCCGCCUUCAGAAUUACUUCGCGCCGGUGGUACACCUUCCAGAACAUGGGUCCGUCGCCCUCUCCCCGAUCCGGUCACAGCAUGACCACAGUUGGCAAGGCCGUGGUUGUCGUCGGAGGCGAACCCUCUUCGUCCCCCGCCAGCGUUGGCGACCUUGGAAUAGUCUACAUGCUCGAUACUACAAAGAUUCGGUACCCGAACGAUGCGGCAGCAGCACAACAACCUAAUGGACCGCAAGCGAAUGGACAGCAACGCCCACAGCAGGCGAGGCGGCCCAGUGCUGCGGCCGAGACAAGGAACAUUCUAUCAAGAGACGGUUCCCAGGGUCCUCCUGAUCAAAAGCGACUAGUCGGGGCCCCUGGAGCACCUCGCGAUGCUUCCGCCGUCAACAGUCCCACCAACGUAAUCUGCAGCGACUUCGCCCCCGCUGGGCCCCCGCCUCAAGGACCGACGCCUGCAAAGCCUUCGGUUCAAACUGGAAACUUGGGAAGAGUUAGGGGACAGUCGUCGGAGAGAGAUGGAUCCGUUGGUGGCUCGCCGCAGAUUGCUGCAGGCCAGUCUCCCGUCAUUCGUGAGGUUAAAGAGCCCAAGGACGCGGAGAGUCCGGUCACCAAUGGCCGACGGACUCCUCAGGGGGUCUUGAGAUCUGGCUCCAAGUCUGAAUCUGCUCCUUCCGAGCCUUCCAAAACCAGGUCCAGGCAAGGCAGCAGGUCCCAAACCUCCGUGGAUAGCACGACCGAGCCUGCUUUGAAGGCAAUGCAGAUUCAACAACAAGCCCAAGUUCAACCACCACCUCAGACGCAAGCACAACCGCCUGUCCAACCGCCUGUCCAACCGCCUGCCCCAGUACAACCGCCUGUUCAAGCACAGCCGCCGCCGCCAACCCAACAGCAGUCGCCGCUACAAGUGCAGCAGCCCAUCCGGCUGGCCUCGCCGCCACCCCCCACUCGUCAGCCUAGCAAUCCAUUGUCUCGACGAUCCUCGGGCCGCACCUCGCAGACUGUCGCUAUACUGAAGGAGUUGGACACAGCUAGAAACCGCAAUGCCUGGUAUGCGUCAGAGCUUGAGCUGGCUCGCAAGGCUGGGUAUGUUCCCAACGCAAGCCUCAGCCCUGUUCUCGAUAGCAGGGCCGCGGAGACCUUCGAUGACGAGGACAAACCACUUAUCGAGGCGCUCUUGGCCAUGAGAACCGAGCUCGCCAAUGUUCAGGCAUCCGUUGACAAGCAAGCCAUUCUUGCUGCGAAACAAAUCGCUGAGGCGGAGAAGCAGCGAGACGCUGCAAUCCAAGAGGCGGUGUAUGCAAAGGCCAGAGUUGCAGCCCAGAUGGGCGGAAGCGUUGCAAGCACUCCCCAGCUAGAUGGCGAGCGCGAUGUUGACGACCGUUCCACCGAGAUCAGCCGCAAGUUGGCUUCUGCCCUCAACUACCAAAAGGACCUCCAAGCCCAGCUUGAGAUGAUGAAAUCUGAGCUUGAAGCUGAGAAACGUGCCCGCCUUUUGGCCGACGACACGACCAACGCCUCCCAGAAGCGCAUGAGCGAACUCGAGUCUUACAAGACAAUGACUUCCACCGAACUCGAGCAGCUCAAAGCCGAGCUGCACAUGGUGCAGAAAGAAGCUAGGGAGCAGGCGGUCCAGUACACGGAGGCCAUGGCAGCGAUUCAGCUCAUGACUGUCGAGAAGGAUGACUUUGAGAAGAAGUACAACGACUCCAUCGGCAGCUCCAAGGACCAGAACGACACCUUCGACUCUCUCCGUACCGCCAUGGCUGCUUCCGCAGAGAUGAAGGCGCUCUUGGAGAGCAAGCUGGAGGAGGAGCGCUCGCAAAGAGAGCAACUCGAGUCCAAGUUCAACAAGCUCAAGGCGGAACACGAAGCACGCACUACGGAGCUUGUAGCUGCUACUCAGCGACUGCGUGACGCUGAGGAGAUUGCCGAGAAGCAUGCCAAGGAAGCAAAACUCCACCAGCAAGCCGUACUGGCCGGAUUCGACAAGGUCACUGCGAGAGAUAUUGGAUCCGACGGGAAAGCCGACGAGGGGCGCGCCAAGGCAUUGCAGGGUCAGCUCGUCGCUGCGAACGCGCUUGUCAAGAAGUACCAGCAAGAGGCUGAUGCUGCGGCUGAUAAGCUUCGCACUGCGGAAGAGCGCAUUGCUGGAUUGGAGGUUUACCAGGAGCAGUCCAGUCGCGAGGGUGUGGCAAUCAGGAGACAGCUCCAGGCGGCUCUGAGGGACACUCAGUCUCUGCAAGCUAAGAACUCGGACUUGAAGCACCAACUUCAGAACCAACAGCUGGAGACCAACGCGAUGACCGUGCAGCACAACACCCUGAAGGACAUCCUCGUUGAGCGUGGUAUCAGCCCCACAGGCAUGUCAAGAACCCGAAGCAUUGGCAGCCCGCGAGUGAACACUCCCGAGGCGGCUCGCAUUCGCGAUCUUGAGGAUCAGCUCAACGCUGCAUUGACUGCCCACGAAGAGAAUGCACAGCGCAGCACGGCCCAGCAGGAGGCGAGCGAAGCUGCGUACCGCGAAAAGCUCGGCCAACUGGAAAAUGACUAUCAGUCUGCUGUGCACUACGUCAAGGGUACGGAGAAGAUGCUGAAGCAACUCAAGGAGCAGCUUGCCAGGUAUAAAACCGAGAAUGCCAAGCUCAAGAACGAGGUUAUCGAGCUUGAGGAUCGCGUGGAGGCAUCUGCCGGCACUGACGGAAAUGCCCCUGCCAACUGGGAAAGCGAACGCCACAUUCUACAGGAGAAGAUUGAGGCUCUCGAAGAAGACUUGCAGGCGUCCACCGAGCAGCUUGAAUCUCAGCUUAACGCGGUCAGGAAGGAGUUGGAGGAUAGCAAGAAGCAUCGCGAUGGCGCUCUAAAGGACGCCGAGGAAGCUUCCCGGAAACUGGACGCCAACCGCCGAGACUUGGAGACACUCCACCAGGAGAACAACCUCCUGGAGCGUCGCGCCCAGGAUGCCGAAGGAAAGGUCUCGCUGCUUCUCGACCAGGUUGAGAACUCCGUCGACAGCUACCGCCGGCAAAGCAGGCAGGCACCGAGUAUGACCUCCGACCUGACCGAGAGGGGUACCAACGGAAACAGCGUGGGACAUCGACGACAGGACAGCUCUGACGCGGACAGCACCUACGGGGCAGUCUCUGGCGGAGUCGACGGACGCAAUAGCACUGCGUUGGACAAUCUGGCAGAUGAACUCGAGACCCUGCGCACCCACUGGGAAGCCACCAACAAGAACUACCGCCUGAGCAACACCUUUGACUUUGAGGGCGCGGCAACCCCUACUCGCAAGGACGAAGAAGUCGGACUUGGCCUCAGCGAAAGCUUGGCCGACUGGCGCAAGCGACUCGACGUGGACGAACAAGCCGAGAACGACCGAGCGAAGACGAAAAGCCGACCUGACCGGCCUUAG